AUGGCGGACGGUUCCGUUCUUCGUGUCGUUGAAUUUUACAGCGGAGUUGGUGGAAUGCAUUUCGCUUUGAAGGGUAAAGGUGAACGUUUAUAGUGCUAUUUAUUUAACUGGUAAUCGUUGUGAGCUACACAUUGAUCAUUUACAUGUUCUAUGGCUAUUGUUUUAAUACUGUCCCUCUAUGCUGAUCAAGACAUGCCAUACGUUAGAGGGCCAUACAUGUUUUGUACGGACGUAAACAUGCACAAGUGGCGUACUAGUCAUGAUGACUGUUUACAGAACGAGAAACACAAAUUAAAGUUUUGACUUAAAGUGUUAGACAGAACUGAGCAAUGUAUAUGUUCAGUUGUGGUUCAAUUCUAUCCUUGGUUUAAAUUUUUAGCUAUAAAAAAUUGCAUAAGAACUUUUCGUAAAAGCAUUUUAAGAAAUUUUAAGAAAGUUAAAAAUAUACGACGUUUGAACGUUCUUGGACGUCAUUAUCAAGUGAAAAAAAAAUACAGUAUGGAUACAAGGAAAAAAAAAUAGUUCAUUAAAAAGAAAAGUAACAUAAGAAUAUGUUGUACAAGUUAAAGAAAGUGUUUAAAUCUAAUGGAUUGUCUCUGAGUAUUAAGGCUAGGCCUAAAGUUCUUUGAUGAAUAGCAUUUUGUAAAAAAGGUAGUCAAAUUUUCUGUGGCAUUUCUUAAGAAUGCAAAACUGACUCUCAUUAAGAAGAUUUUUGUCACCAUGAGCUUCUGAAAAAGGUUCACCGAUAGCUUAGUAUGUGUGUUCAGCAAUGCGUGGAUGAAGAUGUCGGGCUAUGUAGCCAGCAUAAACCACAUCACAUAGAUCACAUGCAAAUUUAUAAAUAAUGCAAUGCUGACUCACAAUACUCUGCUUAAGGUCAUGCUCUAAUUUUCGGCCCACAAAAAUACCGGUAGACUGAAAGUGACAGCAAUGUUAUUGCUGAGAUCAUGCAGUUGCCUACGGACUGCAUUAACGGCUAUAAUUAUUAUGAUCUUUGACGGGAAGAUCUAUUCUAAUUGUGUUGCCGUCAUCGGUUUAUUUUCUUUGAUUUGUGUUUGGGUAUAGUAAUGUAUGAUAAUUACGUUUUAACAGAAGGAAAUACAAUUUAAACCAAGGAUAAAAUUGAACCACAACCCAUUAUUUUAGGUAUAGGUUUUAAUAAACAAGUGGAGGCACAUGCACAUUUUAGUGGCCAAUGAUGGUGCGAUUGUCUAUCCAGUUUAGAGUCUAAAAGAACAAGAAAGCUACAUUACAUAUAAGAUAUGUUUUUAUAAUAGUAGCUCAGCAGUUCGGUGGCUCUUCAGUCGGGACUGGCAAUCUGUCAAUCCACUUGAGUGAUAAUUUCAUUUUAUUUCACUUGUACACAAACCAUCAAGCCACUCAAAAGAAUAAUACAGUUAUGUAGUUCUUUCAAAUGUUGCUCUGUACGAUUCUGUAGUUGAUUAUAUGACAGACUACCGGACAAUGUGACUGCAUGAACUGAAAACACAUCAUUUACUAGAUCACUCUGGGACCACGGGAGCAGUUGACUGACAUUGGUUUUAGGUGGCCUCUUAUUCUGAAGUAAUAUUGUUCCAAAGAGAAGCCAACUUUAAAUCUUUGUUCAGUUGAAUGACUGCUCCUGCAGUCUUGCAGUCCUCAGGGGCACUCAACAUCAAGUUUCAGAAAAUAUCUGUUCGUAAGACGAUUUGAGAUCUGUUGUGAAAUUUCUUUUGGAACAUCUAAAAAAUGGAAUAAUUGCCCAUUUUUAACAGAUUUUUACCCUAAAAAACCACACCUACAAUUUUCGGGAGCCUUAUUUUCUGGCUGAAAUUUAGAAAAGGUAAGUUUUGAUCCCUAUAAUUUUUGGAUCACUAGACUUUCAGCUUGAUAAUCCGAACAGAUGAGAAAUUUUUAGGGGACAAAAAUAUGCCCAUAUCUAUCGUAAAUACUAAAAUACUGAACUAUAUCAUUUUUGGGUGCCCCUGAGUCCUGUAGACCUGUAAUUGAUGUGGCUAAAUUUAAUUUAGGCAAAGUUAACCUAGACGCAAUGCUCGUCACCAGUUUUUCCAGUUAUACUAGGGGUGGCGCGAUACCUCUAGCAGGGGCUCCUCGUGACUUAUAUAUGCAGUUGCUUGCUUGCAGUUUUUCGCAAAGUGUUGUUGCAAUAACAAAAAGGUGCUUUUUGAGGCACUUUUAAAGAGGAAAACCAUAAAACGUUUUGUCACGUGCAUCCUGAGCUUAUAAUAAUAUUAUUAUAACCUGAGUUCGCUUGCAAGUUUGACCUAAGACUCACAUUAACAUGAUUUGUUUCUCAUUUUUUUUACUGCUGAGUGGCUGCUAGGGUCUUUUAUUUAUUAAAAUAAUGUAAAUUGAGAAAUUUUGGACUCUGAAGUUGGUCAAUUAUUUGGGCAAACUAAUAGAAGGUGAAAUUGUUAUGGGAUGACCUCUUAAAGGUUAUCUUAACAUCAUUGUCAAUGAAUAUGACAAUUGUUAUUCAGAAUAUGGGUACUGGCUGGCACUUUUAGUGCCAAUCUGAUUGCUCUAUCAUUGCUACUUGUUGUACAUCUUUAAUCACCAUAAAAAUAAAUUGCUAUUACCAUUGUCACUGCUAUUCCCAUCACUGCCAUGCUACUAUAAUAAAAUAUUUGCCACUUCUGUUACCAUAUUACCAGUCCUGCCAUUACCAUAACCACGUGGAUUACAGUAGUCACAUUAUUGUAGCAAUUGUAUGACUUACAUGUGUAUUCAUAUUCAAUGCAGGUUGCAGUUUCCCUAGUGAAGUAGUAGCAGCAAUGGAAAUCAACACCACAGCAAACCAAGUGUACCAACUUAAUUUCAGUGACACAAACUUGCUUCAAAAGAAUAUUGAGGCGAGUGGACUUAAAUUUUAUUAACUCAGUCUGUUUAGUUCAAAAUGUCUGAUUUUACAAGGGAAAGAACCUGGAUUGGGAAUGCAAUUUUGAUCUUGACCCUUUCAGAAUGCCUUCAAAAUGUCUCAGUAUUGGAAUACUUAUAAUGGAUGUUUUUGUGUUUAAGUCAGAGUAGGUUAUUUUGCCUUUAUUUGACUGAAAAAAUGCUUGCAAGGGGUGGUAUACCUACUGUAUCUUUGUUGCAUGUAACUGUGAUAUAAAAUACGAUUUGCACUGCACUGCACCCUAUAAUUUGACUAUAAACUUAUCUUCAAUCUUUCUCAAAUUAUGUACAGAACAUUGUGUUACAGAUUACUUUUUAUAAUAAAGUAACAGUUGAAUGCUGCAAAAGAGGCUAAGAGGUGUAUUAAAUUUAAAAUGUGUUUUAGGGUUUGACAGCUCAAGAGAUUGAUAAACUAUCAGCCAAUGUGUUUCUUAUGUCACCUCCAUGUCAGCCUUUUACAAGGUAGAUAUCUUUAGUGGCUGCCCCUUAUGUUCUUGGGAGUUGCGCAUGUAUGUUGACUUUUUCAACAGACUAAGCUACACAGAGGUUUUAGGACUUUUCACACUCCAAUAAUAAUAAUUGUACUUCUAUUACGUACCUAGAACUGCAAACUAGCAUGUAUGAAUAUUGAAAUUUGAGAUAUCAACCAGGUGCUUGAACAAGUUCUACAUGUAUAAUCAACACCUGCCUUUGGAAAUAGAGGACACCAAAAACUUCUUGUAGUAUUUUUUAAUAAACAAAUUGACUGUAAAACAAAAUGAAUGUAAUCAGCCUUCCAGUUAAUUCUUUUAAGCAGUGGGGAGGAUCUUAUAGACCAUUUGAGGGGUCACCAAGACCACAGCAUGCUAAUUUUUUUGUUAUAUUUAACUUAAAAUACUUAUACAUGUAUGUCAUCUGUUUAGUCAGGAAGCCGUCUCCAUUUGGUCAUUGACCCAAGACCUGUCUCUUACCUGGAACACUCUGUAAUUUUAGCUAAACACUUGUAUUUAAUUUUUACGAUUAAUUUAUUCACAUGGAGCUGUGUUUUUUACUCCUCUUUAGUGUAUCAUAUAUAUUGAGUUGGCAUGGUUUACAUUAAUUGUAUUUCCUUAUUGAAAAAUGAUGUCAAGAUGUCAUUAAAAAUAUAAUUCUCUGUAAUUUGUCGAUUUGAGGCUUUUAACUAGCUUGGUCAUCAGUGGUGUCAAAAUGUCAUUGAAAAUGCUCUGUGAUUUUGUCCAUUUUGGUUUUGAAAAUAAUUUUGUUUGAUCAUCAUAAUCGUUAUUAUGUUGGUUUUUAACAGGGUUGGUCAUCAAGGUGCAUCAAAAGAUCCCAGAAUGAAAAGCUUUCUUCACAUUCUUGAGCUUUUACCUAAGUAGGUCAAGAAUGCUUUUGUGAUAUCCUUCAUGUACAUGACUGUAUUAUGUUGUGUUGAAUUUUAUCGUUGGUCUAGUUUUAAUUUUCCUGCAUUUUUUUGUGCGUGUGUGGUAAUGCAUGUCAAUGACAGUAAUUCAACAAAUAAAAAAGGAAAGAAAAAAAAAAGGACAAAAGAGAGAAAAAAAAAUCAAAUAAAAUUGCCUGGCAAUGAAGCAUAUAAUUUUUUUUUUAUUGAUUGUUUCGAACAAAUGGCAGUUUACAGUGUAUUUUGAUGUUGUUAUGUUUAGUAUCAUUUCUAAAAAAAAAAGUCAAAUUAUUAAACUAUGAUGUGCACUACUUUUACCCCCUAUGUUUGUUUAUAAAAAGUUUAUACAGUUCUAUAAUUUGCAAACUUGUUUUAGAUUGGCUAAACCUCCUGAUUAUAUCUUGAUGGAGAACGUCAAAGGAUUUGAGUCAUCAGGUACAAGGUACACUGUACACCACAAAAUUUGCUGUUGAUUAUUUAAUAGUUGAUUACAUGUUACAAAGAAAUACAGUCGGUAUUAAGCAGGUUGAAUUUAAAGAAAAUGUAAGGGCUCUCUUUUCCUGGGGACAAAGCAAAUUUAUGGUCCAAAAUAAUGAGGUGUUCAUGUUAAGCGUGUGCCCGUAAAGUGGGCAUUGACUGCACUUCUAUAUAGACUUAAUAUUAAUUCAAUGACUAAUUAAAUUGUCUUGAAUUGCUUAGGGAACAUUUUGUGGGAACACUGAAGGCUUGUGGAUACCAUUAUCAGGUGAUCAGUUGAAUAAUAAUUUAUAAACAUACAACGUUUUAUGUUGAUCACGAGAAGCCUUCACAUGAUUGGAAGUUAUUUGGUAGUUUACAGCCUUACUUUAAAACUAUGAAGGUCUUUGGUCUGAUUAUAAAAAUUUUAACAUCUAUUUUUGUUUUGUUUUGUUUUUGUUUUUUUUUGCAGGAAUUCUUGUUAUCUCCAAUUCAGGUAUAGAACUUGGUGAACAUAUACUAGCUAGAUCAAUAAAAGUAUAGUAAUGUAUAAGUAGUGAUAAACGUUGCAUUCUGCUUUUGAUAUCCUCUGAACUCAUAAGAUUCCUGGCGCAAUCAAUAGUUUGUUUGUUUAUUUUUUCAUACUACAUGUAUGCAAAAGCCAAAAUGAAACUACAAUAUGACUUAAAAUUUAUAUCAAGACCAGUUACAACUGUAAGUGAACUUCAAGGGUGUUUAAAAAUCCUUUGAACGAUGGGUCUCGAGGGAGAAAUUUAUUUUUCUUGAAGUUUCCUGACCCUAAGCAGGUUAAGGGGAGCAUUCAUGACAUGAUUUGUUACAUAGACCACUAACAAAAGAUUUUAUGUGUAAAAAUUUGUGAAAGUAAAUCUCUGCAAGCUGUCAACAUUCCCAAGUAACAUUGCUCUGUUACCCUUUGGUGUCAUACGUUGUAGAUUUUGAAGAUUUACCCACUCAGGAAUUAAACUUUUUGUGGGAAACGGUUCUAUUGUGCGUGUGUGUGUUCUAUUGUGUGUCAUUUAGCCUAAGUUUAGUUACCGAUGAGAACGCACACUGUUUUGAAGAAGAAGAAGGAGUGCCUUUAUUUACCAUACAUUCAUACAGGUGACCUAAAUUACAUUAUUACAAGGCAGCAGAGAUCAAGCAUGUUCUUAUGAGCUUUUAGACAAUCUCUGCUUUAUUCUAAAUAGAUGUAAAGAAUAUCAGAAGGCGGCCUUCCUGUUUUUACAGAUUGACUAUUGGUUGGUUGUAAAAAUUAAUGGUCAGUUGUAAUUACCAAGUACAGCAGCUAUAGCUGUGAUAUGUGUGUGUACAUGUAGUGUACUUAUUAUCUUGACUGUUCAUUUCAGUUUGGAAUCCCGAACUCUCGAUUGAGGUACUAUCUUUUGGCCAAAAAGAAGCCGCUCCAAUUUUUCUUCUCAACCCGUGAUAAGGUAUUUAUGCCCAUAUUUAUGACAUGACGAUGUGAAUUGCGGAAAGCAAAUUUAAAUGACGAUGUGAUUGUUGCAGUUGUAAUAGCAAUUUAACCAAUUUCAAAUUAACCUGGAAAAAAUUAAUUCAUUCCUUUCACUAGUUAAGGCAACUGGAAAAUAGGCCACUUCCGAGUUCCAAAAACCCUCACUUUCAAAAUGAGGCCAGGUGCACAACCUUUUCUGUGAAAAUGAGUUUUAUUUGCAUGAGAAUGAAAAAUGAUUUCCAUAUCAAAGGCUGAGCACCUACCCUCGUUUUGAAAGAGAGGCCCGGGCGAACUCGGAAAUGGCCUGUUGACCCGCUCACAAUGUGUGGGUCUUCAUAGCUCAGUUGGUAGAGCAUUGCAGCGAUAUCGUAGAGGCCAUGUGUUUGAAUCCCGUUGCCCCCCCGGGUUUUUUUCCAGUUUAAUUUCCAAGAGCGCAACUGAAGCAAUUUUUAUAUCUUCGUUUAAACUAACUAUCAUAGUGUCUUUCUCGGAAUGUGCACACCCAUAUGGCUCUGUCCACACUUCAGAAGCUGUAAGUUUCAAAGCUUUUUUGAUUGCUUAGAAACUGGCGCUGCAAAUCACUUAGCGUAAUUAUGUGGCACCAAAGGAAUCUCGAUCUUACGAAUGUUCAAUUGAAAAUCGUUCUGACAUGCACUAUAUAAGAUAUUUCUGUGUUAGAGCUUCUGUUCGCGCUGCGGGACGUAUAUAUAUAUAUUAUUUUUUGUUUUAAGUGCAUAUUGUUACGAUGCCAAACAGACAGAUCUUUGGCAUAGAAUCCUAUGCAUUUUUUUAUUGUUACCGUAUAGGUGAGGUAACCCGCCUGUCCAAAUAAUCUCUCUUUUUAAUUUGAUCACGUUUACAUGAUAAGUGAGGUGUCCCGCCACAUGUUACCUCACCUAUCUGGGGUCCCCCAACUCCAUGUAAACAGGCCCUAAGAUACAGUACUUAACUUGCACUUGAUGCAUAUCCUUUUCCUUGAUUCCAGAUUAUGGAGACCCUACCCUCAUAUACAACACACAGCUAUAUGACCUUGGAUCAAAAUUUUCAAAGUGACAACGAAAGGCCCGUUGGAUCACUAGCGAUGGCAAGUGAACCUAGGGCAGUUAGCGACAAACAGGGAACAACGCAAGAAAGCGUUAUGAACAGUACUGACAGAAAAGACAACUCUGUAUGCGUUACGUGUCUCCAAGCUAGAAGUGAAGGGAAUUUAUGUGCAGAAGACGCUGUGUUUAAUUCCACAGAAACUUUUAAGCCUUUGAACUGUCGAAGAAUUGACAAUUUCCUCGAAAAAAACAAAGAUUAUAAUUACUAUGAAGAGUUUAUGUUACCAGAUAAAGUUUUGAGCAAAUUUGCUCUUGUUUUAGGUAAGUACGUUUGUUGUCGAUGGUCAGUGGCGGCGAUGCCUUUUACCUUUUCUUUUUGAAAUAGGCGAUUCCCUGUCUAAUACUCAAUACCAUCAUUGCCAAACCUUUUUUAAGGUAAUGUUACACGCGACAAUUUGCAACGACGAUUUUUAGCGCAACACAGCCUUGCAAUGUUGAAACAAUAUUGCAACCAUUGGAAACAAUGCCGCAAUAAUGUUGCUACGUUGUGUUGCGCGCGUUAAAAAUCGUUUGUGUGAAUUGUCGCGUGUAACAUUAGGCAAAAAUACAUUAUUUUUGAAAUAGUCUUUUAAGAACGGAAAAUGGCCACCUGUUAAGAUGUAUCAUUUAUUAGAGGCUGUUAAUCAUAAUGAGUACUUGAAUUUUUCGGAAUUUAGGCGGGUCGGCGUGGUUUUGCUGCGGUAAGGGAGAGAGUUCAGCAUAUCUUGCCCCUGAAUUUAAUUCUGGGUUGUGAAGUCCCUGUUUUUAUGAGAAUCACUUUCAAUAACAGUUCGAAAAUUUUUCUUAAGUGUCUUGUGAAUAAUCGUUUGUUUGCAAAAGGGAAAAUUGCGGAAACAAGGGGCGAUAAGAGAUGACUGUGUUGGGAGGAUAUUUUUGACUUGUAUGGGACCAUUGAUUAACGUGCAAGACUGACUAAUGUGGGUCUGUUGUGCACACAGGAUUGAGACAGUGUUUAACGAAUACCGUUAUUGAUUUCAAUUUUGCCAGCCCUUACAUGUAUAUCUUACUAAAAUUUAACACCUAAUUCACAAAGUAUAUCUCCGGUGCCCGGAGUUGAAAUUAAUGCCUAGAUGUUUACGAUCUGUUUUCUAGUGCUAGUGGCCUCAUUCCUCCGUUUUAUUGGAGCGCAGGUAGGCCUAGUCCAAAGGUCGUGAGUUGAAACGUCGCUGGGUCAAAAAACACUUUCUCUGAUGCCUAGAAAGUACUGUUCGGAAGGAUUGAUAGAGUUUUUCGCUUCUUAGCACUCACAAUGUUAACACAAGUUCAUUUUCAUUGUAGCGUGCCUGAAUCCAAGUAUCAAUUUUUAUAAUAGUCGAAAUUGGUCGCAAUGAUCCAAUGCAAAAAUCGCUGCACGAUUAAUAUUCUCUUGUUUAAAUGAAAAUUAACCUGACUAGCCUCGUUAGAGAUAAUAUAAACUCUUGUGAAUUCUGUAUUGGAGAACGAGGCUAGUCAUGCAAAUUUAAGAAAAGAAUAUUAAUUCAGCCGCCAUUUUCGCAUUGGGUCUAUAGUAAGCUCUUUACUAGGAUGAAAAAUGGAUAAUUUUGCUUUGUCCACCUCAGAUAUUGUGACACAUCAAUCCGAUCGUUCUUGUUGCUUUACAAAAGCGUAAGUAUUCCUCGCUUGAAAGUGCCGCAUAACAAUUGACUUUUUUUAUUGUAAGUGUGUCAAUUAAAGAUUGUUGGAAUUGUUGUUGUUUACUGCCCUUUUCUUUUGUGAGUAUGCAUGUAGGAACCGGCUCUAGGCCCAGGUGAAUCAGCUCAAUGUGGUAUCUAAGGCAUCAGAAUAGAUAGAAACUUUUCUUCUGUUUGUUUAGUGUUCAGUAUUAAAAAUAACCCUGCAAAGGAUCCCGCUUAGGUUGUUAAUUCAACUGCAAGGAGCAUUUCUACUUUCAUAUCUUUAUCUGCUAUUCAUUCAGUGAUAAGUUCCUUGUUCUACUUUGCAACUCAUACUCUGUUACAUCCAUCUCCUCACAGGUAUGGACAUUACGCUGAAGGAACAGGCUCAGUUCUCAAAAUGGCAGAUAUUGAUGUAAGAUUCUGAUGGCUUUUGAUAAAACGGUACCGAUAUCACAUUUACAAGGGAAAUUUCGCUCUUUUGUUAACACCGUUUUAGUUAUCGCAAGUAAUAGCUUGCCAUUCCUCUAGCCUCCUGUAUUCCUUUAUAAAUUAUGCUCAAGCAAGCAGUCCCAACUAAGAAUGGCAGAGAAUGGAGAGAACAGCAAUUGCAAUGGAAGUUAAGUACAUUUAUAACGAAGUUGGCAUACGUAAAGAAAUAAAAAGUGAACCAAUUUCGUUCGUUGUCCCAGGGUGAAACAUAAAUCUCUGCUUUUUUUUUUCUUUAAGAAAAAUGUGAAAUUUAUUAUGUCUGCUAAUGUCAGUCGUUCGAGCUGGAACCACUGAGUUAUGGAAAGACUCACACUAUUAAAGCAAGACCGUUUACAGUUUCAUAUGUAGUGAACACGUUCUGCCUACUGCUAGGAUUAAUUUCGGCAACGUCUUUUGGUUGAAAAUAAAUAUUGACAUGAUCUCACAACGAUCUAUUUUGAGCCUAUGGUUGCAAAAAAAAAAGGGUUUUACCUGAUUGUCUUCAACUUUAUUCUGUUGAUCUGCAGUUACUUGUUUGCUUUUGCUAGUUUGCUAGAUUAAGUGGUUUGCUAUUGCCUUCUUAGGACACAGAGAUCUUUAACAGAUACAGAGAUCUUAAGGAUGGGGAACAGAAAUCUAAAUUGCUGACUGUGUUGAAGCUAAGGUACUUUACUCCGCGCGAGGUGGCCAAUCUUCACGGAUUUCCUGCUGAAUUUCGUAAGUUUAAACUUCCUUAGCCCGUUCACACCUAAACCGCCUAUAAUCAGUCGCCAGUGUGGAUCCACUUCCCUUGCAUCACGUAUGACGUCGUCAACUUAAAUGAUGAUAGACAGAUUUUACGCGUGACCUCUGUAGGUGGGCGAUAUCUUUCCAACAAUACCCAGUCAAAAGGAAACAGUUUCAAUGCCUAAAUAUUGCCUUAAAUGACAAAACUGACCAUUAUUUUGGGAAUUCAUGCGAAAAAUAUUUUAGCUUUUUUGAAAGGUAGCAAAGAGCGUGACGUGGCCCAAGUGAUGAUGACUUGCAUGGAAGUUUGGCCUGAAUUUGGUCCAAAAUGUAAUACAAUAUGUUCUUUUCGAUCCAGGCUUCCCUCCGUCAGUGACUGUCAAACAACAGUAUCGCCUGCUGGGAAACAGUCUAAAUGUUCACGUGGUGUCUGAGCUCCUUCGCUGUCUGUUCCAGGUCCCCGUAUGUAAUGUGAACAGUAGUGACCAGUGACCUCUGAACUCAG